AAGGGCGUGCUAUUGGCAGAUGAUGGAGACUAGGCGAACCUACGCUCACAUCGCUCUUGUCGAACCUUGCACGCGGAUACAUUGUCCAAUGGCAGAACACGAUGGUCCUGGGCAGUGUCACCUAUCCCUGGUGCAGCAAGUACUUCGUGAGAGGCACUUUGUGCGGCGAGCACGGUGACGUAUACGGACAAAGUUUGCCAUCAAAAGUUCCGAUGAACGUUCAACAUUGUGGGAAUCAUCUCACACUGCUGCGAGAAGGACCUUAUCGACCGCGUCAAGAGAUGUCAGCGAACCUUGGUAACGCUUCCAGCCAAUUUGUACGGUAGCACUUGUCCGACCCUCGAUCAACGCAUCAUCACUCCGUCGGUUUCCAGCUAUAUAUCUCGGUCACCCGAGGCACUGUCCAACUCAGUCGCACCAUGGCCUCUACCGUUAUCGUCCCUGCCACCGGUGCGUCUCCCGCUGUUGAGCUCGGGAGCACAUACGGCGUGUAUCUGAUCUCUGUCAUCGUCACCGGAGUUCUCUUCGGAGCCACAUGUUUGCAGACCCUUUAUUACUACGAACAAUUUCCUCAGGACCCAAGGGUGCUGAAGCUGACUGUUGGCGUCUUAUGGGCUCUCGACUGCCUUACACUCGUUCUUGACAGUCAUGCAUGUUACUACUAUCUGAUCUCAAAUUUCAAUAAUGUAUCAGCACUUCGUCAGGAGGUUUGGAGCGCACAGGCUGAACUUCUGGUCACCUACACUGUGGUAUUCAUUGUGCAGAUUUUCUUCAUCCUGCGCAUGUACCAUCUCCGGCCGCACCUGUGGUACAUUCCUCUGUUCUUUGGUGUUGUAGCUGUAGUGUCAUGGGUUCUCGUCGUCGUCAUCUUUGCCGUCAGCUUGCACGACACAUCGUGGCUGGAUACUGCGGGUCCCGAAGUUGUUCACCCGCUCAUCGCCAACUGGAUCACGGGUAACAUCGUGGACAUCGGAAUCACCAUUACGUGGUGCGUGUAUCUGUGGGGCGAGAAGAUCCCUGGCGGCCGACCCAAAACAAAUGUCAUGCUCAACCGCAUCAUCAUAUUUAUGGUCAACAGAGGCGCAAUCGCGGCCUGGGUCCAGGUGCUCACUUUCCUGACUAAAAUCCUUUUCCCGCGAACGUUCGUGUGGCUCGCGUUCCACAACGUUCUGUCAAAGAUCUACAACAUCUCUAUGCUUGCUACGCUCAACGCCCGCGUCGGCUUGCGCAAGAUCGUCAUGGAUUCCUCGCUCGACAACACAAAGCCAUCCACGGUAUUCUUCGCGGCACAGAGCAGGCCAGUCAGCAAGGUGCCACCCCUGCCCGUGCCCUCAAGACAGCAGAUGGCGACCAUCGAGUUCGUCGAUCAGCCCUCGUAUCCUCAGCCUGCAUACGAACAGCUAAGCGUACGGCUCGCCCCGUACGACGAGCGCAGCAUGAGCACCGCCGCCUAUGAUCAGCGCAGCGCGCUCAAUCAGCGUACUCUGGUUUCAGAUCGGGAUAGCAUGAUGACCGAUAUGACGGACUAUCCUCCGUAUGUCGGCCGGGCGAUCACUACAGGCUCCCGGUACACACGAGCGACGUUGCGAGAUGAUGUGGAAGCGAAAAGGUUUCACGAUACCACCAGCUAUGAGAGCUGAGAGUGUAUACGU